UUCCAGCUUGAACCGCACCUAUCCUAUUGCCCCUAGCUACUCCUCUCCCCACCCCAAUUCCCAUCCCACUGACCUCUGCCCAACCCAAUAUCGCUCCACAAAAUCCCCAUUCCUCAACUCACUUCCUUAUCGAACAUCUCCUUCUCCCACCCCAGCCAAUCCAUUCUCCGUUCCCGACCCCCUAACUCUGCAGUUUUGCGGUUGUAUCCAGACAUCGUUCUCCAGUUUAAGGAAACGCAGAGCGACCGUGUUCUGCGAACCUCUGCUCAGCCAAGCAUCGAAAGAAAUCGAAAUUGUUCUCGAUUCCAGAUAGGGUGAGUGUGUGCGCGCUUUGGGUCUUAUCUGAAGUAUCUUCAAUCAGUUCCGGAACUCGUGUGUACGUGUAAUUGAUCGGAAACAGCGGCACUCGGAGAGUAGCCGGGGUCGGGUAGCAGGUUGAAGGCGCGCUUUGUUAGCGAGAUAGUUUUAUCACAGAUGUUUCCCGAUCACAUACCACUGCCUCGCGGAAAUGCAGCGGUUUUGUCCUCCAUACUUGUUAUGGUUGCAUCUUUCUCCUUUAUGUUCUCUUGCAGUAAAGCAAGUAUUAUUGUGCAGCACAUUUUGUUUCAUCUUUUCAUAUUGUUUCUAUCGAGAUCCAUCCAAAAGCUUUGUGAAUUUCUGGAAGAGUGCAGACACAUCCCUUCUAGAUACAAAAACUGCUGGAAGGCUUUUGCUGCAUCUGUUAGUUUAAAGGAAUGUGGUAGUGGAGCAGUAAUUCUUAUACUGCUUUGCUGCCUAGCUCAUGAGAGUGAAAAUGAUCAUGUAGAUAAUUGGAGUUCUUUGGGAUGGAAAAUAAGCUCUACCUGUUUCUGCUAUUCAUUGCUCAGAAUUUUGGGAUUUUAUGAACCCACAACAGCUCAAAUUUCAGCAAUUUGUGAGAAGAAUAAGUUUAAUGUCGCUCAUGGAUUAGCUUGGUCUUAUUACAUUGGUUACUUGAAGUUAAUUUUACCUUCCCUGGAAGGAAGAAUAAAGGAGUAUCAUCGCACCUUUGAAAAUUUAGCAGAAUUUAGAGGAACCUGGAAGUUGUACAUCCUAAUUCCAUUCAACUGUAAGGUUUAUGACAAACUGGAAAAGAUGGACAAUAGGAUCAAAUUCCUCGGCAACCUACCAGAGCUUCGCAUUGAUCGAGCAGGGAUAAAAGAAAGAAGUUACAAGAACAGCAUUUAUUCAGUUUAUGAUGAAAAUCAGAUGUGUCAUCUCUGUAUCCUUGAAUAUGCCACACCUCUGCGGUCCCUGUUUGAAAUGUCCAAUGAUGCCACUGCAGCUUUGAGCAAGGAGCAGCGUUUGGAGCAGGCCAAGCUUUUCUAUGUCACCUUGGACAAUAUACUGAACAACUCUCAAGAAUGUGCAGGACUCUACAAAUUAAUUCCAUAUGAUGAUGAUUUGGAGGAUAGAAAAAUGAAUUCUCAUUUCUUAUCUACAAAGAUCCUGGACAAUAUGGUGCAGGAGAGAACAGAAUACAUUGUACCAGAAGAAAACACUUGGGAUGAAACAUUAAACGACCCAAUGGUUAGUGACCAAGCAUUAAUGAUCAGCGAGUCCAAUGAUCCACAACCUUUACAAAGCAGAGGUUAUUAAAUAUUGUACCUUUUCACUUUGUAUGUUUUCUGUAAUUAUCAUUGGCACUUUGUUUUAAUAGCUGAUCACAGAAUUCAGUGGAAGCAAAACCUCACAUGCUUCUGUUAGAAUUUAAAAAAUGUUUAUCCUCUUGCUGACUACGAAAAUGGCAAACCAAAUACAAAUUAAACAGGUUCAACCACAUUUCUUCAUAACUUCCAGGAACCUUAUUCUUCCUAGUAUAUUGAGGAACUUUCUCAGUGCUUUAAUUGCUUAUUUUAUGAAUAAAGAAUCCUGUAGACAGACAGUUCAUGCAUGGUAAUGUGAAAAAAGUAGAUAUACUUUAUCAUAAAUUACAAUAAUAAAGCUUUUCCAACUUGUGCAAGUCAAUGGAACUUUAUGCUUAAAUAAUAUCCUCAAAUCAUGCUGUCUAAUUAUUUGCUAGAUUUUUUUUUGUUCAGCUUUCAUUAUGUUCCAAAACUAGGGGUCAUAACUGCAAGGUAGACAAUAAUAAAUCCAGUGAGGUAUUUGGGUAUUCAGAGAAAUUUAUUUAUUUGGAUGUGUAGAACUCCUUGCCACAGGGUGGUUGAGGAGAAUAAUAUUGCAUGUAAGAGGAAGCUACUUAAAAAGAAGAAGAAGAAAGAAGUAGAAGGUUGUGAUGAUACAGUGACAUGAAGCAGGGUAAGCAGAAGUACAUGUGAGGGAGCACAAACAGAUGGGCCAAAUUACUUUUUUAUGCUGUUAUUUCUAUAAUGUAUCAUUGCUGCAAUAUCUACUAUUUUUUAUUCUUCUGCAAUAUAUGGGCAUCACUGGCAUGACCACCAUUUGUUGUCUAUCUUUAAUUGCUCCCAAGGAUAUAGCAAUAUAUUCUGUAUACUCCCACAGUGCUGUUAGAGUGUAGGAUUUUGACCUAAUUACAAUGAAGGCACAGCAGUUUAUUUCUAAGUCAGGAUUUAGAAGGGAACUCACAGGUAGUGUUCCCAAGUAUCUUAAUCCUGUUGUGAGGUGCUGUAGAUGUCUUAGUGAGUUGAUGAGUCCAUCUUGUAGAUUGAAACUGUUGUAACAGUGCAUCAGUAGUGAAUGGAGUGAAUGUUUAGGGUUGUGUAUCAAGCACUAAUCAACUAGGAAGUAUUAACCUAUUUUGCUUCUUAAGAUUUGUCUGAAUUGUACUCGUGUUGGAAAAUGGAGAAUCUUCAAUUUGCAGAUGGUAUAAAAGUUUUGGGCUGUCAGAGGAUACAGGACAUCCAGGCUUCGACCUACUUUUGUUCUAUAUAUGUGGUCUCUCCAAUUAAAUUUCUGGUCAAAAAUGAUACCCAGGGAGUUAAUAAUGGGAUUUUGGUAUCUAUAAUGUCAUUGAACAUUAAAUGUUGAUAGUUCGACUCUUGUUGCAGGUAGUCAUUAAGUCAUACAGCACAGUAACAGGCCCUUUGGCCCACCAUGUCUGUGUUGACCAUCAAUUACCCAUAUGCACUAAUCCUAUUUACCAGUACUUGGUCAACAGCCUUCUAUGCCUUGGGGAAAUCAAGUGCUUGUCUAGAAUUAUCUUUUUCACCCCUCUGGGUGAAAAGUUUCUUCCUCAUACCCCUCUAAACCUCUUCUCCCUAAUUCUAAACCUAUGUUGCCUUGUUUUUGACACCUUUAUUAUAGGGAAAAGUUUCCUUCUAUCUACUCUGUUAGAUCUGUCCCUCGUGAUUUUGUAUACCUCUAUCAAAUUCUUUCUCAGCCUCCUCUGCUGUAUAGAAAACAGACCCAGCCUCUGAAGCCUUUCCUCAGCUAAAAUGCUUUAUCUCAGGCAACAUCCUUGAAAGUCCCUUUUGCAGUCUCUGCAGUGUAGUGACCAGAACUGCAUAUGAUACUCACUCCAAUUGUGGCCUUUUAAUAUAUUUUAAAUAUUUUAUAAAUCUGUACCAUAACCUCCCUACUCUUAUAUUCAAUGCCCUGAAGUUGGUAUCCAUAUGUCUUCAUCCCUUCUCCCCCUCCUCUUUGCCUGUCUAUGCUGCCAGUUUCAGGGAUCCUUGGACUUGAAUGCCAAGAUCGUUCUGUUCCUCAAUAGUCCCUAGGAUUCUCAGCCAUCCAUUGUGUGUAUGUUCUAUCCUUAUUAGGCCUUUCAAAGUGCAUUGCCUCACACUGAUCCAGGAUUAAGUUCCAUUUGCCAUUGCUCUUCCCACUUUAAGUCAUUGCCAGGUAUGUGUUGAAUAAUAUUACUUCAACAUUUAUAAGUGCAUACAUUGAAUCAUAUAGCACAGAAAUAGGCCCUUUGGCCAACCAAGUUUGUGCCAACCAUCAAGUACCCAUUUACACCAAUCCUAAACUAAUUCCAUUUUAUUCUCCCUACAUUCCCAUCGAUCCUAUCAAGUUUCAAUAACUCACCAAUCUGCACACCUUUGGGCAGUGGGAAGAAACUGGAGCACCCGGGAGAAAUCCAUGUGGUCACAUGAAGAACAUGCAAACUUCACACAGACAGAACCUGAGGUCCGGAUCGAACCUGGGUCACUGGAAUUGUGAGGCAGUGGCUGCACUUGCCAUGCCAUUUUACUGCCCUGGGAUGUUGUUCAGGUCUUCUUCCCUCUUCAGCAUCAGUAUCAGUGUGUUUAUAGGUUUCCUUCUACACACUAACACUAAAUCUUUUUCUUCAUUCACAAAAAAAGGUCUGGCAUUACAUUAUCACAUUCAACCUUGACCGCCUGUAUGUGACAAGGAUCAGUUCUUUAAUAAAUUGAAGUCAGCAUAACAUAAUCUAUUCUAACUAUUCGUCUGACUUGCUUUGCUCCUUUAAUGUUCCAACAUUUGUAACAUCAAAUGAUCCUCCUUGAUUUAUUUUUUGAUAAUGAAGGGCAGUUACAUAUCAUAAAUAUCAUGUGCCUCCUUAUGAAUAUGAAAUGUCCUCAGGAGUACUGGGGAAACUAAUGCACUAUCUAUUAUUUAAAUAAUGUAGAAUAUUACAUUUUUUAUAGCUUUCAACCAUCAUUUUGAAUAACCAAUCCAAAUUCUACUUACCUCGCUUUAAACAAAAUGCUAUUGAUUUAUGGAGACACAGAGAUUGCAGAUGCUUUAAUCUGGAGCACGAACCACACUGCUAGAGGAACUUAGAAGGUCAGUCAGCAUCCGUAGAGGUAGAGGGAUGAUAGACAUUUUGGCUUGAGACCCUUUUGUAUCACGACCUGGUGCAGGGUCUUGACCCGAAACGUCGACCAUCCCUCUCCCUCCACAGGUGCUGUUUGACCUGCUGAGUUCCUCCAGCAGUUUGUUUUUUGCUAUUGAUUUAUAUUUGGACCAGAACGAUUUAACUAUUUUUGGUAUGUUUGAUAAUUAGCCUUUUGUGUCUAGUUUUAAUAAUUGAAUAUGUAAUUGAAAAUGAAGGGUUACUAAUCUGUAACAGACAUGCUACAGAACUUGCUAGUAUGA